GCCGUUUAGUACAGUUUUGCACGAAUCACUUUAAACACAUUGGAGCCCGCCAAUUUUCUAGGCGUUAGUUUUAUGUGAAUAUUUAUGUAUAAUUAUUUCUAAUGGGAUAUUUUAUUUUGGAGACUUUACUUCAGCGAAAAUGCCACAGAAGAGGAGCAAAAUUGACGAUGGUGAUGAUCAAGGAGGACAGGGGCAAAAUGCCCUAGAUGUGUCAGAAAUUCGUGAAGAGGAGGAAAUUUCAGAAGAUGAAGAAAGCGGGUUGAGAAUAGGAGAUAUUUACAUCCCUCCGCCGCCGAACCCAGUUUCUUCAAAUGAAACAACAGGGCCAAGGCUCAUCAUCACUCAUAUUGAGAAUGAAAACUUUAAAAGUUAUGCUGGCAAGCAAGUCCUUGGGCCCUUUCAUAAGUGUUUCACGUCAAUUGUUGGUCCAAAUGGCAGUGGAAAAAGCAACGUUAUAGAUUCUAUGCUGUUCGUGUUUGGCUACCGAGCCAGUAAGAUCCGUUCGAAGAAGAUUUCUGUCCUUCUUCACAAUUCAGCUCAACACCCAAAUGUUCAGAACUGUACUGUUGCAGUACACUUCCAGCAAAUCACAGACAUAUCUGGUACUGAUGACUUCGAGUUGGUUCCAAACUCAAAGUUGGUUGUGGCCCGAACAGCUUUCAAGGACAACACAUCAUUCUAUACUGUGAAUGGUCGCCGUGUGCAGUUUAAAGAAGUAGCAAAGCUACUUCGCAGCCAUGGCAUUGAUUUGGACCACAACCGGUUUUUGAUCCUGCAGGGCGAGGUGGAACAGAUAGCCAUGAUGAAGCCCAAGGCUCCCAAUGAACAUGAGUCAGGCAUGCUGGAGUUCUUGGAGGACAUCAUUGGCACGACGAGAUACAAGGAGCCUUUGGAGAAACUGGUUACACUUGUGGAGCAGUUGAAUGAGGAGCGAAGUGAAAAGUUAAAUCGUGUGAAGAUUGUUGAGAGGGAAAAGGAAGAUUUGGAAGGGCCAAUGAAGGAGGCAGUGGCAUACGUGAAAAUGGAGAACGAGAUGACCAUAAAAAAGAAUGUUGUCUGCCAGAAAUACAUAUAUGAAAAUGAGAUUUGUGCUGAAGAGUUAGAGAAGAAGCGAAAAGCAAUUGAUGACAGUACCAGUGAGCUGAGAAUGCAAAUGAAAGAGGUUGCUGAUGCCAGGGAAGGGAAAAACAAAGCUAUCAAGGAGUGUACUAAGGAUCUAGAGAAAUUGAUGAACAGGAAAGACACAUUGACAGAGCAGUUUAAUAAGAUGAACCAGCGUCACGUGGUGAUAAAAGCAGACAUGUCACAGACCAAUAAGAAAAGGAAGAAGACAAAGGAACUUCUUGUUGAAGAGAAAAGAAAGUUGAAUGAGCUGGAGCACGUGCCAGAGAAAAAUGAACGUGAGAUUGUAGAGCUGACUGCUCGGGAGGAGAAGCUCAGCAAGGAUCUAGAGGAAGAAAAAGCAGGAAUGGAAAAAGCAAUGGCAGGUCUUAAAGCUGAGACACAGGAGCUGCAAGACAGCAAGGACAAGCUGCAGACACAGCUCAUUGGGCUUAAGGAGACUGUAGAUGAAACAAAGUCUGUUUAUGAUAUUGCCAAAGCAGAAUUGGACCUGUAUGUGAGUAGCGAGCAGAAAGAACGUUCAAAACUGGAAGAGAUAAAAAAUAAUUAUAUGACUGCCUCAAAAACUGUGGAGGGGAGAAAAGAUGAAAUAGAAGAACUGAACACUGGGAUCCCAGCGGCAGAAAAGCAGUUACAAGAGGCACAGGUAGAACUUGCCCAAGUGCGAAAAGAUGAAGCAGCAGUAUCAGCAGAAUUGCGAACUCACAGGGCUCAGGUGGAGGAGACAAGGUCUUCAAUGCAGGCCACUCGUUCACGUGGUCGUGUGCUUGAUUCAUUGAUGGAACAGAAACAGCUUGGGCAUUUGCCUGGAAUAUUUGGGAGACUGGGAGAUUUAGGAGCUAUUGAUCGGAAGUAUGAUGUGGCCAUAUCCACUGCCUGUGGCCCCCUCGACAGCAUUGUUGUGGAUACUGUGGUCACCGGACAGAAAUGCAUUGAGUUCUUGAAGAGGAAUGACAUUGGGAGAGCCACAUUCAUUGCCCUGGAGAAACAAGAACAUUUACGUCAGAAGUGCAGAACACCAAUCAACCGGCCUGAGGGAGUGCCACGGUUGUUUGACCUUAUCCAGGUCGAGGAUGAACGUGUAUUGCCAGCAUUCUACUAUGGAUUAAGAAAUACCCUGGUUGCAAAUGACCUAGACCAAGCUACAAGGAUAGCAUUUGGACAGCAGAGGUUCCGGGUAGUAACACUGGGUGGACAACUGAUUGAACUUGCUGGAACAAUGAGUGGUGGUGGCAAGACAGUUUUGCGAGGUCGCAUGGGGCAGUCUGUGGCAGUUACCUCUGUUGCAAGUCCCUGUAAGCUGGAUCAAAUGGAACAGAAACUGCAGAAGUUAGAGUCCCGUGCAAGGCAGCUCUGUACACGGCAAGUCUCAUUGGAAGACCAAGUCACUUUGUUGUCACAGGAACUGCAGACCAUGAGGAUGAAUUUGAAUAAAUAUGAGAUCGAGAUACAGCUUUCAGCUGAACAGCUUCCCACUCUCCAGGAGCAGUUAAAACGGCAGAAGGAGAAAGUGAAAGCAGCUGCCCCUGAUCCAGCACAUGUUAGAAAGCUCACAGAUAUAGUUACUAAGGCUCAGACAGAGUAUGAUGCUGCUACAGAGAAGGCAGGAGAAGUAGAUUCACAGGUUCAGAGUCUACGUAAACAGAUCAUGACAGUAAGGGAGAGAUGUAUGAAAGCUGCACAAAAGAAGGUGGAUGAUGUUUCUAAGAAUCUUGACAAAGUAAGGCAAGAGAUUACGAGGCUCAAAGUUGCCAUCAAAACUUCAAAAAGGAAUGCAGAGAAGUCAAGUGAGAAAAUAGGAAACAUGAUACAAGAGAUAUCGGAUUGUGAGAAGAAGAUGUUGGACAUGCAGAAGGAACAAGAGAAGAUUGAGUCAGAUGGGAAGGUUAUACUGGAUGAACUGAAGACUAUCUCGGACUCCGUGGUAUCAGAGGAAGAAAAUAUGGAGAGCCUGAAAGAAGAGGUUGCUGAAAUCCAAAAGAAGGAAAACAAACUGAAAGCAGAGAAAUUAGAGGUUGACCAGAAAAUUGACAGCAUUAAUAAAGACAUCCAUGAGAAUAAGAUGAAGAUACCUGCACUCAGAAAACAGUUAAAUGCAUUGCAUCUUCAGGAGAUCCCUGGUGAAGAGUGUGUAGGGGAACUAAAGCAGCUAACAAAGGAAGAGCUGAAACAACUAGACAUUAAAGAGCUGCAGUACAAAGUGAGUUUACUUGAGGACAAGUUGAGAGCCAGCCACCCAAACCUGGCAGUCAUCAGGGAAUACAAAGAGAAGGAGAAUUUGUACCUCCAGCGAGUAUCCGAACUGGAAAUAAGCACUGAGAGGCGUAAUGAGAUGCGGAAGAACUUUGAUAUGGUGCGCAAGAAUCGUUUCACUGAGUUUAUGCGUGGCUUUUCCACUAUAACAUCCAAACUGAAGGAGAUGUAUCAGAUGAUCACACUAGGUGGAGAUGCAGAAUUAGAGCUUGUGGAUUCAUUAGAUCCCUUCAGUGAAGGAAUCAACUUCAGUGUCCGGCCACCUAAGAAAACUUGGAAGAUCAUCUCAAAUCUCUCAGGUGGGGAAAAGACACUCUCCUCACUGGCCCUUGUGUUUGCUCUCCACUAUUACAAACCCACACCUCUGUACGUGAUGGAUGAGAUUGAUGCUGCCCUUGACUUCAAAAAUGUCUCUAUUGUGGGACAUUAUAUCAAGGAAAGAACGAAGAAUGCCCAGUUUAUAAUCAUCUCUCUUCGCUCCAAUAUGUUUGAACUGGCUGACCGACUGGUGGGCAUUUAUAAAACAUACAAUUGUACACAUUCCAUAACCAUCAACCCCAAAUUUUAUGGUGUGCCUGGUAGCCAGGCUUCCCAACAUACACAGAAACAGAAUGCAUCACAAGUAUCCAGUCAGUCACUUGAGACUCAUGCUGUGAGGGAGGAUAUGUCACCAGACAGAGAUCGUCGUAGGAAGACACCAACAAGGGAUGGACAGCUUACUCAUAAUACUGAAGUCAGUUUUACUCCAGUUGUUUCUCAUGAAGACAUGCCUGUUGGAGCUGAUGACUGUAUGGGUGAAACAGAGUCUAAUAAUGUCGAAAUAUGACUUCAAGAACAACAUGCAAGGAAGACAGCUUUUGGUUUGUUUCUUAAGCAGUCAUGAAUAAAAUAUAGCACAGUUCCAGAUAAGAUUUUUGUAAGAGAUUAGUUUCUGAAAUUAAAUUUUGUCAUAUCACAAA